AACCACGAGGCCACUGCCCUAGCCAUGCGUGCCUCUGCCUCAGCCUCCAUCUUCUCCAGAGCAUCUAUGAUGUGGCUGGAUGACCUUCUAGAGGACGAUAACCCUGAUCCUGUCGCCUUCAAAAGAGCACUAUUGAAGUUACGUAAGACAGCAGCCUUUGUGGCCGAUGCCACUUUGGAUGCCACCCAAUUAGGGGCACGAGCCAUGACGACUCAAAUAGUCGCUCGUCGCACCCUCUGGCUUCGCCACUGGCAAGCUGAUUCAGCGGCUAGAUUGAACCUGUCCAAGGCUCCUUACUCCGGAUCUCUACUCUUCGGUGAGGAAGCUCUAAAGGCAGUUCUGGUUGAUCCAAAAGACGCCCACAAACCGGUUCUAGCCACAAUCAAGAACAUCGACCACAGGCCCCUCAGGCGAUUUCCCUCCUUUCGUUCUAACCAGCCCUUUCGAGGAACGCGACCAGGAGGACGAGGCCGCGAUUUCAGACCCUAUGAUUCCAACGCAUUCAGGGGCUCCUGGAACCGACGCCCCCAGGGCAGAGACCUACGGCUGGCUGGUCAACUUCGACAAAAGCCAUCUCCAACCAACCCAACGCCUACUACAUCUUGGGGCAAUGUUGGACACCCUGCAGGCAAUGGUCUUCCUGUCUCCAGAUCGCAUCACUGCCAUCACAAGCAUCGCAAGGUCCCUGAUGCAACAAACAUCCGCAGACGUCAUGCUUCUCGCCAGAGCGCUCGGGAUGUUUAUCUCCACAAUCCACAUUGUACCCUGGGCUCGAGCUCACACUCGGCCCCUUCAGUGGACUCUGUUGCCUUUUCAAAAAGACAUUGCCAGCUCCAACCAUCGCAAAGUUCGUUUGAGCCCCGCUCUGCGCCUCUCCUUCCGCUGGUGGACCAAGGUUCAACACGUCUCCAAGGGCACGUCGUUCAGAGAACCCCGCAGAACCGUCGUGACCACAGACGCCAGCCUCAUAGGUUGGGGAGCCCACUGCAACUCCCAGUAUGUUCAGGGGGUUUGGCCCAACGCAGAGCGAGCUCGAAGCAUCAACUGGCUGGAACUAAAGGCUGUCCACUUGGCUCUAUGUCAUUUUCAGUCUCUGUUCCCUUUGCAUCAUGUGCUCAUUCGAACAGACAACACGUGUGUAAAAUCACAUUUGAACAGACAAGGGGGCACCAGGUCUCGUCCUCUGCAGGACUUAGCCUCCCUCAUCUUUGUCUGGGCAGAACAACAUCUACAAUCCCUGAAAGCAGAGCACCUCAAAGGGAUUUUGAAUGUGACAGCAGACUGGCUCAGCAGACAACAGGUCUUCCCGGGAGAAUGGAAACUUCAUCCAGCCAUUUUCCAUCGUCUCCAGUGUCGGUUCGGCGCCCUCUCAGUCGACCUGUUUGCUUCCAGUCACAAUUGCCAGCUUCCCAGAUACUUUGCCCGAUACCUGGACUCAACAGCAGAAGCAGUGGAUGCUCUGACAACACCGUGGCCAGACGGUCUAUUGUACGCCUUUCCUCCCAUACCAUUGUUAGCCAAAACCUUGAGGAAGGCGCGAACCGAAAGGGCACAGCUGGUUCUGAUAGCACCAUUUUGGCCACGCCGUCCGUGGUUCUCAGAUCUUCUGGCAAUGUCAAUGAUGGACCCUUGGACACUUCCAGUAACGCCAGACCUCUUAUCCCAGGGUCCAGUACUGCACCAGGACCCUACUUGGCUCAAUCUAACAGCGUGGCGUUUGAACGGAGACACUUGAGGUCAGCUGGACUGAUGUAG